AUGCACCCAAACGACGAAGAGAAAAUCGCCUUCAUCACUGAGAAGGCCAACUAUUGCUACACAGAGAUACCCUUUGGCCACAAGAAAGCUAGAGCCACCUACCAGUGCAUGAUGAGCAGCGUAUCUUGGCAGCCAGUCAGCCACCGUGCUCUUCCUCUCCACCGACAGCCACCUCUGUGUUUUCACUCAGGUAUUGUUGUGACCGAAAUCCCUCUCUACUACUUGGAUUGUAUCAAUGCUGAUGAGUUGUUUAUAUGGUCAGGAACCAAAGAGGAAGACAGAUCAUUAUUGAUCCUUCCCUUUACUUAUCUUCGACUUCAAGUCUCUGAAAUGGCUGAUUCAAAUAGGGAAAGCUUGGCGAUGCUUGAAGAAGGCAAUGAUGUUGAUGCAGAAAGUGAUGAAUUGGAAGAAGUUGAAGAAGGACCUGCUUUUAAAAAGGCUAGGAAAAGGCAAGCUCGUUGCUGGAAACAUUUCACAAUAAUAGGAGAAAAAAGGAAUGAAAAGGCAAGAUGCAAUGGUUGCAAGACAGAGUACAAGAUUGACAGUAAGACUUGUGGUACGUCUACUUUAAACCGUCACAUUGAUAAAUGCACACAAAUUAAACAUGAAGAUAUUGGUCAAGUCAUAUUGGACAUGCAAGGUAAAAUGAAGGCUAUAAAAAUAGAUAUGAAGGUAGCACGUGAGAUGUAUGCUGAAGCUGUUAUUGAACAUGACCAACCUUUUAACUUUGCUGAGUAUAGAAAGUUCAGGCGUUUCCAUAAUUACUUGAAUCCAGAUUGGACUGGCAUUUCUAGAUAUACUCUUAAACAAGAUGUUUUAAAUUUGCACAUGAGAGACAAGCUGAAGCUGAAAAAGAUGUUUGGUAGCAUUCAAAGUAGGAUAUGCUUAACUUCAGAUUUGUGGACAUCUUGUAAUACUGAGGGUUAUGUUUGCUUAACUGCCCAUUUCAUUGAUGUCAAUUGGAAGCUGAAUAGUAAAAUUAUUGCCUUCCGUCAUAUGCCUCCUCCUCAUACUGGAUUUGAAUUGACUCAUAAAAUACUUGGUUUGUUGAAGGAAUGGGGCAUAGAGAAGAAGAUUUUUACCAUUACUUUGGACAAUGCAUCUGCAAAUGAUUCUAUGGUUGGUGGUUUGAGAAGCCAAUUGAAUAUGCAAAAAUUGUUGUUAUGUGAUGGGAAAUUUUUUCAUGUGCGUUGUUCUGCACACAUAUUGAAUUUGAUUGUUCAAGAUGGAGUAAAAGUUGCAAAUGAUGCCUUGACUCGGAUUAGAGAGAGUGUUAAAUAUAUAAAAGGCACAGAAUCAAGAAUGAUCAAAUUUAAGGAGUGCAUUGAACAAGUUGGUGGUGAGAAAACUGUAACUGCAUUGAUAGCAGAUGUACCCACUAGAUGGAAUUCCACUUAUGAAAUGCUUAAUCGUGCUCUCAAAUUCAGGCGUGAGUUAGCAAUUCUCCAAUUGAGUGAUAGAAAUUACAAGUAUUAUCCUUCAGAAGAAGAGUGGAAUAGGUUGGAAAUUCUUUGUCGGUUCUUGCAUCCAUUUUGUGAGAUCACUAAUUUGAUGUCUGGCAUUUCUUAUCCUACUUCUAACUUGUAUUUUCUACAAGUUUGGAAAAUUCAGCGGGUUCUCAUUCGUAUGAGUAAUGAUGAAGAUGUGGUUGUAAGUAGCAUGGCUAAUAAGAUGAUGGAUAAGUUUCAAAAAUAUUGGGAAGAUUAUAGUGAUGUGCUUUCACUAGGAGCUGUUCUUGAUCCUCGCAUUAAGUUUACUAUAUUAUCUUUUUGUCAUAGAAAGAUUGAUGCUUACACACAUGAUGACAAGAUGGAAAAUAUAAAGGCAAACGUGUAUAAGCUCUUUGAGAAUUAUGUAAAAAUUAAUUCAUCAACUACCAUUGAUCAAAGUCAAGAUAACACCCACUCUUCAAGUCAAGGGUCAAUGGAAUCGAGAGGAUGGGAUGAUGAGAUAUUGGAUGAAUUGACCUUGCACACUCAACACCAAGCAAUAAAUGCUGGAAAAUCUGAACUUGAUGUUUAUUUAGAGGAGCCGCCUGUAAUGGUUAUUCACAGCUGGAAUAGUUUAGAUGCAUUGCAAUGGUGGAAAGAUAAUAGUUGUCGUUUUCCGAGUCUAUCAUUAAUGGCUCGUGACUUGUUAAGCAUUCCUAUUACCACUGUGGCAUCUGAAUCUGCUUUUAGCAUUGGAUCACGUGUGCUUAACAAAUAUAGAAAUAAGUUGUUGUCAAAGAAUGUUGAAGCUUUGAUAUGUACCCGCAAUUGGUUGGCUGGUUUUGUUGCCAAUGAUGAUGAUGAUGAUGAGGAUGGUAUUUCCCAUAUAUUAGCUUCUUCGCGGGGAUCUAAUGGUCAUGAAACUUUUUAG